AUGAGCGCGAUUCUGUCCUCCGAUGAUUUGAAUGAUUUUAUAUCCCCUGGUGUUGCCUGUAUAAAGCCCGUGGAGACAUUACCAGAGGAAGAUAGUAAAAAGCAAGAGAAUGCAUAUGAGGUGACGACAGAGGACAAGAUCCAAGCUGGAAAACCUCCUGCUGCUCAAAUUUCCUUAACAGAUUGUUUGGCAUGUUCAGGAUGCGUCACCUCAGCGGAAGCAGUUUUGGUAUCUCUCCAGUCGCACGCCGAAGUGCUCAAAACCUUGGACUCGUGUCCUGAAUUUCAGAUCCACAAUCAAAAGAAAUGCGGCUCUGAAAGUUCAAGGCCCGAUGUUCCUUGCUCUGCUGAGGGGCAAAAAUGCUCAGCAGAUGGCAGGAAGAUAUUUAUUGCAAGUGUCAGUCCACAGGUUAGAGCUAGUUUGGCGGCAACCUUUGGCAUAUCCGAACGCAAAGCUGGAUACCUGAUUGAACAGUUUCUGAGUGGUCCUCAGGGAUUAAGAGCUGGUGGCGCUCAUGGCAGCGGCUUCACUUGGGUUGUUGAUACAAAUGUGAUGCGAAAUGUUUGCCUGGAACUGAGUGUCACUGAGGUUAAAGAAUCCUUGGAGAUCCCGGGGAAUACAAUCAGCGGGGAAGAGUUUCCAGUCCCAAAACGACCAAUACUGUCAUCUAUUUGUCCGGGAUGGAUUUGUUACGCCGAAAAGACUCACCCACACGUCCUACCUCACAUGUCCCGCAUUAAGUCCCCCCAGGCUCUCACGGGCACUUUGUUGAAAAGUGUAUUGAGAAAAGCAUUAAACAUUUCGCCGUGCCAUAUUUGGCAUUUAGCCAUCAUGCCAUGUUUUGAUAAAAAGCUAGAGGCUAGCCGACAGGAAUUAACGAAUGCGUCAUGGCAAGGGCUAUCAUGGACUGAAUCUCAUACCCCUGUCCGAGAUGUUGACUGCGUUAUCACCUCCCGCGAGCUUCUCAUGCUGGCGACUUCCCGAAAUAUAUCCCUCUUAAACCUCCCUAUGAAACCAUUACCUCCGUCUUCCAUCACCCCAUUCCCAGAUACGUACCUUGAACCUUUCCUCUUUCCAAAAUCCCUGCCACAUGUCCAAUCCCCGGCGGCGGGUCCGUCAGGCGGCUACCUCUACCACAUUCUCACGACCUACCAACGUCGCAAUCCAGGAAGCCAUAUCCAAACACAACGUGGUCGAAAUUCUGAUGUGAUCGAAUACGCCCUAACUUCCAACUCAGGCGACACAAUUAUAAAAGCUGCCCGCUACUAUGGCUUUCGGAAUAUCCAAAAUUUAGUCCGAAAACUAAAGCCCCCGCGAACGUCGCGGCUACCCGGCGCCAAGCCUAUAAUAGCUCGAAGGGCAGCCGGGGCUGGAUCUGUAGCUGGCAACGCAUCAGUCACAGAUUGCUCUUAUAUCGAAGUAAUGGCUUGCCCAGGUGGAUGCACGAAUGGGGGCGGUCAAGUCCGCGUCGAGGAUGCGCGGGAAAUAAAUCCACCAAAGUUAGAGGAGCAGCCGUCCACACAAGCACCCGUCGACUCUGCGCAGCUACAGCAAUCUACUUCAAAGCCAACCCCACACGAACAACGAGCCUGGCUAGCACGGGUCGACGAAGCAUAUUUUUCGGCCGAUUCCGAUUCCGACUCGGACUCCGUAGCGGGUCAUUAUACUACCACCCUGCUCAACGGUGAUAGCGGUCAUAGAGAUAUCGAUGCUAUUCUUUCCCAUUGGUCCAAGAGUACCAACAUCCCCCUUGAGAACCUAGUUUAUACCACAUUCAGGAAAGUUGAGAGCGACGUGGGCAAGGAUAAGGGUAAGGAUGCAACGAAGGUGGGAGACACGGCCCGUGUUGCGGAACUUGCAGGCAAGAUCGGUGGGGGUUGGUAG